AUGCUGAGUUAUUUAUAUUAAACCAAAAAACUCUUAUAAACACUUAAAUCAACUAUUUUUAAAUAAUUCUCUAACUAAAAUUAGUAAGAUUAUUCUACUUUUAUUGCCAUUAUAAUUAUUUCUAAAUGGCAAGAGUAUAAUAGACUGCUUUACUUCGAAUGUUACAGUUUUUCUAUACAAUUCCAAAAGGGAAACCCAUUUCUUUCAAGAAAAACUUAAUUUUAUCCAAAUAGAAAAUUAAAUUUUUUUUUUGCAAAAUACUAUUAUUAUGCAACUAAACUUGAUGAACAAUUAACUGUGUUUAUUGAGUCAACAAAUGAAGUAUAGUUUAAUGAUCGAACUAAUUAAUUUAUUGCUUAAGUUAAUAUAAUUAAUCCACAUCCUGUUUUAUGGAGAUGUAAUCCUAAUCCGUCAAAUUCUAUUACUUUGUUCAUUUAAUUAGCUAUCUUUAUAUAUCCAUGUUAUUAUUAAUAUGAUAGUAACUAGGUAUUAAUAUCAAUAUUAAAUAUUAGUUCUUCAAAUUUUCAUCAUUUGCUCAUUUAUUAUAUUUCUUCCUUAGUUUUUAUCUAUUGGGUAUUGAAUCACUCUGUUUUAGACCUCCAUUAUUUUCAGUCAUUUUUGGAUUCUUUUGGCUAACAUAUACUCAUUUCUGUUUAAUUUUAAUUUAAAUGGGAAUUCCGUAAUCAAAACAAACUCAAUCUCAACUUUUUGAUGAAACCCUAAAAUAGUUCGACAUCAUAGAUAAAUAAUAAACAUACAUACUAUUCCAAAACAAAACUACAAUGCAAAAAUUAGAAUUUUGGACUUUCAAAUAUCAUGAUGAGGACUCUUUUAAAAGGGCUGUAAAAGACCUAAGUCAGACCAAAACUUGUCAAACUCUGCUUCAAAUUAUCAAACAGAACUCUGUAACUCAUGAUGAAUUCUGUUCUACCUUUUAUGAACUCCAACUGCUUGUUGAACAUCCAGUCUAAAGUUUUGCUGAGUACCUUCAAAACAGAGGAUAACAAGAUUAUUCUUCCAAAGAAUUGUAUCAUCUGAUUGAUUGUGUAGUGUUCGCAUAAUUAAAUCUUGAUAAAAAACAAUACAUAGGAUUCAAUAAUUUAUGGCAAGGGGAGAAUGAUAUUUGGAAGUUGAGAAGUUUUGAAAAUUCCUAUCGACCCAUAGAUUUCUGGGGAAAAUAGAUCCCGCAUUUAUAUCCAGCACCAGAAGAACUCAGGAUUGAUCCAUCGAUUAAGUAUUCUGUUGAAAAAGCAACCAUCUUCACGUUUGGUAUGCUCCUGCUUCAUGUUGCAUUAGGUAUUUAAGUAGUUUAAUUAAGCAUAGCCAAAUCUUGUGAUUCUCUAUAUUAGAACAAUACAAUUGAUCCAUAGAGAUUAACAGCUAGAAUUAAUGAGUUUUAAAAGAUUUACCCCAGCACUCUGGCCGACAUCGUUACUAAUAUGCUCUAAUUGGACCCAUUCCAAAGAUACAGUUACUAGGACAUUCAAAAUAGAUUGAAAGAGGCUUAGCAAUGCAAAAUAAUCGAUAGCACUAAUCUUCUAUUGAAAAUGCCCUAAUAAAUCAACAGUUAAUCCAAAUUCUAAGGAAAUCCUUACAAAUCCCCUGUCGAAACAUCAAGAUUAAUAAACAUUCCACUCUACCCAGAAUAACCAUUUAUUAAUUCUUAAUCAAUACCUGGAAAUAAUAGUAUACAAAACUACGGCAAUUCAUUACAAUAAAAUAACUAGUAAUUAAUAUAGACAAUUACAUAAUCCAAGCAAUAAUAAUUUGAGAAAUAGUAGCCUUAACCUAUACAAUCAAAUCGUUCCUUCUCCCCAUAUCAAAGUAGGGUCAAGCAAGAUAAAUUACAAUUUGCAGAUGGAAGAUAUUAUGAAGGAGAAAUAAUGAAUGAGUAAAUGAAUGGUCAAGGAAUACUGUACUAUGCUGAUUCUACAGUUGAAUACGAAGGUUAAUUUGUAAAUAGUUAAUUCCACGGCUUUGGAGUGCAUUGCAAUAAUAAUCCUGAUAUCAUGGAUGCUUUCCUUAAUAUAAAUGAGUUUCCAGGCAUUUUGAAUUAUUGGUUAAAAUACGAAGGUGAUUUCUAUUAAAACAAGUAAUCUUACUUUAUGAUUAUUAGGAAACAUGGAAUUGGAAGCCUUACAUUUUCAAAUGGUGAUUGUUACAUCGGCGGAUUUCAGAAGGACUAAAUGGAGGGUAGAGGUACCUAUACUUAGAAAUACGGGUAGACUUAUAUUGGAUUUUGGGAAGGCAAUAAACUAAAAUAUUGA